AUUUCAUUUGUUUCUUUAUAUAGAUAGACUGAUAUAUAUUAUUCUCCUGGCCAUUGGUUUUUCUUUUCUGCUUUGAAUAGAUCUCAGUUUUCUUUUUCUCUUUCACUCUUUGAUUUAGUGACUUGAUCAGUUUUGGUCACUGAAUUUGUUGUGUACUAAUCCGAUGCUUAGGCCAAGUUUUAUUUCCACACACCAAUAUUUCUUUCCAUAACUGGGUGGGUUUCUUUGAUUCCUUGGUCUGGCUUUUUUGGGGUCCUAAGGUUCUUUCUUCUCAUCUGGGGUUACCCCUAAUUCAAGGGAGGAACAUAGAAAGCCCUCUCUGAACUUUAAUUUCCUGACGAGGUUUCUUGUUUGAGUAGUUCUUUUUAUUGUCUUAAGCCUCAGAAGAAGAUCUCUAGGAUUGGAUAUUGAUGGAGCCAAUGAAGUCAAAGAUCAACAAAAUGUUUUCACCAGCAAGUAAAGGCUCUGCGGAUGGCAGGGGAGUAACGGAUUUGGCAGACUUGGAAAUCAGGCCUUGUGGAAUGUUGGUUCAAAAGCGCAAUGGGGAGACGAAUCCAACUUCUGUUUCGAUUCCCAUAAUCAGAGUUAGAGUCAAGUAUGGUUCUUCGUAUCACGAAAUUAGUAUCAGCUCCCAUGCUAGCUUUGGAGAGUUGAAGAAAAUGUUGGCAGGACCAACUAAACUGCAUCAUGAAGAUCAGAAGCUGAUAUACAAAAACAAAGAGAGAGAUUCCAAAGAGUAUCUUGAUGUGGCAAGAGUUAAAAAUGGAUCCAAAAUUGUGUUGGUGGAGGACAUUGUGAGUAGAGAAAAAAGGUGCCUAGAGUUACUCAGAAAUGCAAAUUCUCAGAAGUCUUCGAAAGCCUUGGCUGAAAUCAACUUGGAAGUUGACAAGCUUGCAGGCCAGGUCACAGCUUUGGAAGCAACAGCUUCAAAUGGUGGGAAAGUAAUGGAGAAAGAUGUGGACAAUUUGACGGAGCUCUUGAUGGUGAGGUUGAUUAAACUUGAUGGAAUUGUUGCAGAUGGAGAUUUGAAAUUGCAGAGAAGAGUGCUGGUGAGAAGAGUUCAGAAGUACAUUGAGAUUCUUGAUAUGUUGAAGUACCAGAAUUCCAAAUCUAGCAGCAAUGGGGCUAAAAUCCAAUUGCAGAAACAAGAUAACCCAAUUGGCCAAAUUUCGAGAGACUUGAGGCCAAUGCAGAAACAGCAACCGCCGACAAAAAAGGGAAAUUCUGUAAGGACAAUACCAAAGAUGCAGCAACAACAGCAAAGGCAUUCUGAGUCGGUAGUUGUUACAACUAAAUGGGAAACUUUCGAGUAAAUCAAAGGUUCCUUGAGCAAGUCAUCCUCAAAUUUCUAAGUCCAACCAAAUGAGAAUUGUUCUUGGUGUGGUCAUCAGUGUCUGUUCUCCUUGGAUUCCUGUUGAAAAGGUUAAGGUGGUGCUCAUGAUGUCAAUGUGUAUCUUAAUUAUUUUAUAUCAUUUUUUGAGUUGGCUUUUUGCUGAGUUGUAAUGUUGUAUAUAACUUAUGGUGGAUAAGUGAAAAAGAUAAGGGGAUACAUAAAAGAAGAGAUUGGGGUGGGUUAUUUAGGAUUUAUUUAAUACCAAUAAGGAAGUUGUUAUGUGAUCCAGUCACAAGAUCUUAUAAUUAUUUUCUCUUCUAUCAGAUGUUGUUAUUAUUAUUUAA